AUGGAUGAGGUUAUGUUCAAAUACUUCACUCCCUAUCUUAUGAUGGAUGAUGUCAUGUUCACAUCCUACACUCCCUAUCUUAUGAUGGAUGAUGUCAUGUUCACAUACUACAGUCUCUAUCUUAUGAUGGAUGAUGUUAUGUUCACAUACUACAGUCUCUAUCUUAUGAUGGAGGAUGUUAUGUUCACAUACUACAGUCCCUAUCUUAUGAUUGAUGAUGUCAUGUUCACAUACUACAGUCUCUAUCUUAUGAUGGAUGAUGUUAUGUUCACAUACUACAGUCUCUAUCUUAUGAUGGAUGAUGUUAUGUUCACAUACUACAGUCUCUAUCUUAUGAUGGAUGAUGUUAUGUUCACAUACUACAGUCCCUAUCUUAUGAUGGAUGAUGUUAUGUUCACAUACUACAGUCUCUAUCUUAUGAUGGAUGAUGUUAUGUUCACAUACUACAGUCCCUAUCUUAUGAUGGAUGAUGUCAUGUUCACAUACUACAGUCUCUAUCUUAUGAUGGAUGAUGUUAUGUUCACAUACUACAGUCUCUAUCUUAUGAUGGAGGAUGUUAUGUUCACAUACUACAGUCCCUAUCUUAUGAUGGAUGAUGUCAUGUUCACAUACUACAGUCUCUAUCUUAUGAUGGAUGAUGUUAUGUUCACAUACUACAGUCCCUAUCUUAUGAUGGAUGAUGUUAUGUUCACAUACUACAGUCUCUAUCUUAUGAUGGAUGAUGUUAUGUUCACAUACUACAGUCCCUAUCUUAUGAUGGAUGAUGUUAUGUUCACAUACUACAGUCCCUAUCUUAUGAUGGAUGAGGUUAUGUUCACAUACUACAGUCUCUAUCUUAUGAUGGAUGAGGUUAUGUUCACAUACUACACUCCCUAUCUUAUGAUGGAUGAUGUUAUGUUCACAUACUACAGUCCCUAUCUUAUGAUGGAUGAGGUUAUGUUCACAUACUACAGUCUCUAUCUUAUGAUUGAUGAGGUUAUGUUCACAUACUACAGUCUCUAUCUUAUGAUGGAUGAGGUUAUGUUCACAUACUACAGUCUCUAUCUUAUGAUGGAUGAUGUUAUGUUCACAUGCUACAGUCUCUAUCUUAUGAUGGAUGAGGUUAUGUUCACAUACUUCACUCCCUAUCUUAUGAUGGAUGAUGUUAUGUUCACAUGCUACAGCUUAUCUUAUGAUGGAUGA